GUAUUUGGUUUAUCCUUAUCUGUCAACGAUGCACUCUGCACAAUUCUGCUAGUCGAGUUUCUUGGCCUGUCUCGACUGACGAACGGUCUGGGAAUAUGCCUUUUCUUCCAAGGCCUCGCCAACAUUUUCGGGCCUCCGGCUAUAGGUUAUAUGGCUUUUGAAUGA